AUGGCUUUGAGAGCUGCAGACUGGCACAAGUUGCCGAUAGCCCUCACUGAGCUUUGCAUAAACACGACAUUGCGCUGCGGCCAAUCGUUUAGAUGGCGAAAAUCCGCAGAAGAUGAAUAUUCUAUGGCUCUACACGAUCGCAUACUCUCCUUCCGUCAAGACGCGACCCACCUCCACUACCGCGCCAUCUUCCCUUCCUCCCUCCCGUCCCCGCCUCCUUCGAAUGCGCCCUCCAUUGCGCCUUCAGUCGCCUCAGAUGAGGACGACACUCUCGCACUCGUUCGACAUUACCUCAAUCUAGAACCAAAUCUCGCGCAGCUAUACGAACAAUGGGCAUCCGCAGAUCCCAAUUUCAAGAAGCGCGCACCAAAGUUCACGGGUAUACGCAUCCUGCGACAAGAUCCUUGGGAGGCGCUCAUAGGCUUCAUAUGCAGCUCCAAUAACAACAUAAGUCGGAUAUCAGGCAUGGUUCACAAUCUCUGCAAGCAUUAUGGACCGCUCAUUGGAGUCAUCGAUGGCGAGCCGUAUCAUGACUUUCCUACGCCAGAAGCGCUUGCAGAUCCGAAAGUGGAGGCGCAUUUGAAGGAGCUGGGCUUUGGAUACAGGGCGAAAUAUAUUGCGAAGACUGCGCAGAUAGUGGCAGCAGAGAAAGGUCUAGCUUGGUUAGAUGAGCUAUGCAAUCCAGAGAGUCCGGUGUUUGGCAAGGAGCCAAAGCCCGCCGGCGAUUUGGGAGCGGGCGGUCGGGAGGGGUAUCGGAAGGCGCAUGAGGAACUUCUUGCUCUGCACGGCGUAGGCCCAAAGGUUGCAGAUUGCGUUUGCUUGAUGGGGCUUGGAUGGUCUGAAUCUGUGCCUGUCGAUACGCAUGUCUGGCAGAUUGCGCAGCGUGAUUACAGAUUCGGAAAAGGCAAGCAUAGUAGCUUGACCGCAGCUACGUAUAUCGCGGUUGCGAACCGGUUCCGCGAGCUCUGGGGCAAAGAAGCGGGAUGGGCGCAUUCCGUCUUGUUCACCGCGGAUCUGAAGGCCUUCUCUGAGCGUGUUGUCGCGAAGACCGAAGUCAAGGAGGAGGAGAUUACUGUGAAACAAGAAGUAGACGGCACGGAGAAGAUUGAAGACGUGAAGAAGACCGAGACAGUCAAGAGGAAGAGAGUGAAGAAGGAGAUCGACGAACCAGAACAACAAAUCGUCGAGGUCAAAGAAGAGGUUUCGACACGCAGCAAAAGGCGCAGGGCCAGGUAG